UGCCUGGCAUCGCGACGCGCCCGACCCCGAUCAGGCAAACCAUCAACACCCAGCGCGCUCUCCGGCGCGUUUCCCGUCGCCGCGCACAAUGCCCCCUGCUCUCGCUCACGGCACGCCUGGCUUAUUUGAGCAGCUCACUCCUGGCAAAUCCAUGCAUACCGUCUUGCCAGGCGGACACAUCGCUGCGGCGGACACACGCUGGCGGACUAUUGUUCGUGGAGCUGAGUGCCAUUAUGCCCUCGGGGACGCUGCAGGAUGGGUCGUGGUCGGCGGCGUUUCCCUCCUGGGGGAAGCGCAGCAUGAAGCGCAGCGUGAAGCACAGCGUAAAGCGCAGCGUACCCUGCUGCUGUGGCCGUCAAUGCUCCUUGGGGAAGUUGUCUGGGACAGAGACAGGCUGCGUGGAAGGUGUGUAUAUGUAUAUAUGGCGUGCCGCUCUUUCUCCUGAUCGUGCCUGCCUGUGUACCGUUAGUGCUGGCGUCCCGAGGUUGGCCCAUUUUGUCGUCCUGUGUGCUCCGUCUGCCUCUCUCCUCCCUUGUGUUGUUCACUGCUCUUUUCCUGAGUGGGCUUUUUUGUGUCUUCUUUCUGCAAUCUCUCUCUUGGCGUAGACCUCGACAGCACAGAACCGCACGGAUCAAUUGACUACCAGCACCUCCGCA